AUGCAUUCUAUUGAGAGGAAUGUGAAACAAAACAAGAGAAAGGCAACAACUAAGGACAAGGAUGAGGAUUUUGAGUAUGACACUCCGGAGAUCUUGAAGACUUACGGAAAGAAAAGAAAGACUGCUCCACAAGAACAGCUAAAGCAGAGAAAGAAAGCCGAACAGAAGCUGGCAACAAACCUGCAUAAAGGGAAACAAGUACAGCAGCCAAUCCAAAUUAAAGAUGUGAAUUGCGAGAAGUACACAUGGAAAACCUUAAAGCCUAAAGUCGCAAGACACUACCAGCAAUUUUUUGAGAUGGUCGAUGACGAUUUAAAUGGCAUAAUAGGGAUAACAAGGAGAGACAUGAAGAUUAUCAUCCAAGAGGAAGAUGUGGGUAUUAGUGUGAUCAAGGCUUACACUGAAAUAUUGCAGAAUGAACUGAAAGAAAAGAAGAUUCAGAUUGGAUUGCUGGACAUUGAAGCGGCGACUUCAAGAAAGGAGGAAAGAGCCUUUUGGAAGACGACUUUAAAGGCCACGAGAUUGAUAUAG